CUCGAGGCCCGAGCGGGGCCAGAGCUCUCUGACGUCCGCCCGGGGCCUGGGCCCGUCCCGUCGCCCAAUGGCGGACGAGCUGGCGGCGGCCGCCGACGGUGCCGACGGCCUCUCCUUCUACGGCCUGUCCAAGUGGCUGGCGAGCGCGAACGACCUGGUGCUGAGAGCGGACCACGCUGCCACCGCCAAGAACCCGAGGGCCGAGGACGUCGAGAUCUUGGAGCGGAAGGACGAGCUCUUGCAGAUUGCGGCGCGGCUGAAGCGCGCCAUGGGCUCGCGCCUGGAGAGCCCGCAGCUGACCAAACGGGAGAAGCCCCUGGCAGAGGAGUUUAUCAACGAUCAGCUGCGGCGGCUGAAGGUCCACUCUUCGGAGGACAAGCGCGUCGCCCAGGGGAUCGAACGCCUGCAGGGGAUCCUAGACCGCGUGCAAAGAGCACCCGCCCUGCCAGAGAGCCGCGCAGUUCGGCAGAUCCAGCGCCAGUUGAAGCAGCUGGAGGCCGACUGGAAGGAUCCGCUGAGCGCGGGUUUCCUCAUCUUCUUGCAUUGAGAUCUGGACAGAUCUUUCUCGAGUAAUGCCGCAACAUGUCUAGAUUUGUUUCAUCUUUCCGCGCCGUGGGAUCUCAGGGUUUGCUGCACUCGGUGGUACCACGCUUUGACGCAGCUCGAAAAAGGAUCGAAACCGCCUACGACGAAUCACCGCCGCCCACUGCCUUCGCUGUGGCCCGAGCUCGGCCAAGCUAUCGA